UAGAAUUGUACCUGAGUGAUGAAGAAUUAAAAAAGCUUCAUGAUUUUGAAGAACAGUGUGUGGAACAGUACUUACAUGAAAAGAAGGAAAGCUUUCACUUCAGUGACAGUGAACAGAUCCGUGUUACAAAUGAAAGAGUUGAAGAAAUGUUUUCACAGCUGAAGGAAAUUCACGACAAAGUAAUUUAUAUCAAAGAUUCUUUGCUUGCCUUGGACAGUCAACUGGGACACUUACAGGACCUCUCAGUUUUAACGGUUGAUACUCUCAAAGUCAUUUCAGCUGUGGACACUUUGCAAGAAGGCGAAGUCUUUCUCUCUGAACAGAAACAUCAGACCUGUAGGAAGCUUCCGCAUAGUUGGAGCAACACUCUAUGCUCAAAGGCUUUGAGUUGUAUGGAAAGUGAGAGUAUCAAGUGCAAUUACUAUAGCAUGCCACCUUCUCUUCAGAGGAACCUAGCGAGAAGCCAUUGUUCAUUAGGGGGCAGCCAUCCCAUUUUGGAUGCCCUAAACUAUGGUGAAAUCCAAUUAACCAAGAAAGAUCCAGAACAGGAAAUUGAAAAUGGCCUUCUGACAUCGGAGUUAUCUUCAGGGAAUAAAUCAGGCUCUCAGUACGGAAGGUUUCUUCUUGUGCCUCCGGAUCAGAAAGGAGCUUCUGAAGAUGCUGGUUUAAGUUUGGCCUUUUCGACUAUGCUGAAUGAGCUUAAGGACUUAAACGCUAAAGAUGACACGAAGCAGAGUGACGCUGUCUCUCAAUGCCAUGUAUGCAGUGCCAAUGAUGUGGCAAAAACAAUGCCGGUUAUCAGCCAAGUGCAGGAGCUGAACAUUUCCUUGGCUAAGGAAGAAAAUGAAACUGCUGCUGAACACCAUUUGUCCAUCCAUGCAGUUAAUAGCAUCAGUGAGACCUCUCAAUCUUCUCCUUAUCGCUGUGAGGGACCAGGGAAAGGUUAUGUAAAUUGGGGCUUCCUGGAAGACAACGAGAAGAGAGAUGGUGGCAGUUGGUCAAGACAGCAAGCAGGUCAACAAUCGCUCUGUGACAAAGAAGAUGGCCAUUGCAGUCCUUCGCAUGUGCAGAUCAAGGAAUCCAAAUCUUUCUCUUACAGUUCGGACGUAUCAGAGUACAGUAGUGAUAGCUCGCAGUCCCGCCUGACUUUCCAGCGUAGCAUGUCUGUCUGGAUCAAUCCUCUCAAGAGGAAUUGGCCUUUCUACAAAGGGAGCAGCUUUUGUGCCCAUGGGGCUGAGAAAACGGCAAAAACCAGCAAAAUAAAAGGCAAUAAUCACCCAAAUUUGAGUUUUCUCCUCUUCUUAUGCUUUCAUCUUUAA